AUCCAAUUCCAAAUUUUCUGAACAAAACCCUAAUUUCUUCUGUCCAAAGAAAACCGUAACUUCAACACACAGUAGCAAGCUUCUACCGUUGCAGCGUCUCCGCUUUCGUACCGUUCAACAAUGGCCACUAUACCUGUUAAUCCCAAACCUUUUUUGAACAAUUUGACUGGGAAGCAUGUUAUUGUGAAACUAAAAUGGGGAAUGGAGUACAAAGGUUAUCUUGUUUCAGUGGACUCCUAUAUGAACUUGCAGUUGGCCAACACUGAAGAAUACAUUGAGGGAAAUUUUACUGGGAAUUUAGGAGAGAUUUUAAUCAGAUGUAACAAUGUUCUCUAUCUUCGAGGAGUACCAGAGGAUGAAGAAAUUGAAGAUGCUGCUGAAGACUAGUAGAAUGAAGAUUAGAAUGAAAAAACCAUUGUAAGAUGUAACCAUGUUCUCACCUUUUCGAGAGUAUUAGUGGACGAAGAAAUUGGAAAUACUGCUGAAGACUAAAUGAAAAAACCUUACUGUUAUGACAUAAA